AUGACAUGCAAAGGACCGGAUCUUUCGACAGCAAUAGUCUCAACCUCCAACUACGACAACUACGUAUUCGGUAGCGAUGACUUUACUGUAACACCCAAUCGGUUGUUUUGGCUAAUGCGGAAGAAUAAUGGAGAGAGAGUGCGAGAUGCUGAGGGGUUUCGUCUACGAGCUGCUGGGAUAUGCACCCGCGGUGAGGGUAGCAGUCGAGAAAUCUUGUUAAUUACCGGUGGCAAAGACGAUGGUCGGUGGAUCAUUCCGGGUGGCGGCAUUGAGAAGGAUGAAAAUGAAUCAGAUGCUGCUUUACGUGAGGUUUUUGAGGAAGCCGGAGUUAAGGCAGAGAUUUUGGCACGUGUGGGAGAGUUUAGGGAUGAAGAAAGACGGCAUAGGACGGUGGUGUUUCUUUUGACGGUUAAGGAAGAAUUGCAGGAAUGGGAAGAUGGCUGUUUUGGCCGACAACGGGAAUGGGAAGAUGUGGAAAUGGCAUUGCCAGGAAAGCAUCAGCUUUAA